AUGGCCGUCGCCUCCGUGAGUGUCUGCGCCUCCGACACGCGCCAGCGGUGCAUGGCGAGCUGCGACGACAUGACGGCCAUCGUCAGCACGUUGGCGGAGAGGAGCAUCGCGUGCGAGCGGUCGCCGCGUCGCGGGAUUUUGCGCUGCAGCUCCACCAGUGCAUCCAUCUGUGUGAUGCGCUCGUCGCGUGUUUUGGUGCCAUGCAUGAGCACCUUCUCCAUGGCGUCGUUGUGCAGCAGCUGCUCAUACGCGGCGUCGCGCUCCGACUCGCGUUGCUUCUGCUGCGUCUGGUGGUAG